AUGCGGGGAGCAGAAAUGGGCGUCUGGAUGCUGCUGCUGCUCUUGCUCUGCGGUGGAGCCUCCAGCGCCGCGAGCAUCUACCUGAGCAGCUGGGCCGUGCGCGUCCCUAGCGGCGCCCCAGAGGCCCAGCGCCUGGCCCGCAGGCACGGGCUGCUCUACCUGGGCCAGGUGAUUGCUGGAGAGCCCUACUUCCAUCUGAAACACAGGGGCAUGGCUCGGAAAUCUUUAACGAAGCACCGGGGGUGGCAUCUCCGCCUGAACAGAGACCCUCAGAUCCCGUGGUUUGAACAGCAGGUGCUGAAGAGGCGGACAAAGAGAACAGCCACCAUUGUCCCCACCGAUCCGUGGUUCCAUAAACAGUGGUACAUGAACAACGAUGUCACCCCAGACCUCAACGUCCUCACGGCAUGGAGCCAGGGCUACACCGGCUUAGGCGUAGUGGUGAGCAUUCUGGACGACGGGGUCGAGAAGAACCAUCCUGACCUUGUGGCAAACUACGACCCCCUGGCCAGUUACGACUUUAAUGACAACGACCCGGACCCUCAGCCCCGAUACAACCGGUGGAAUGAGAACAGACACGGCACACGCUGCGCCGGGGAGGUGGCUGCCACUGCUAACAACCACGUCUGCGGAGCCGGUAUCGCCCACGGGGCCAGAAUUGGGGGCGUGAGGAUGCUGGACGGUGACGUGAACGACAUCGUGGAGGCCCAGUCGCUGAGUCUCCAACCCCAGCACAUCGACAUCUACAGCGCCAGCUGGGGCCCCGAGGAUGACGGGAAGACGGUGGACGGCCCGGGGGUCCUAGCCAGGGAGGCCUUCCGCAAGGGGGCAGCCAAUGGACGCGGAGGGCUGGGCUCUCUUUUCGUCUGGGCCUCCGGGAACGGCGGCCUUCGGAAGGACAACUGCAAUUGCGACGGCUACACCAACAGCAUCUACACCUUAUCCGUGGGCAGCAGCACCGAGAGUGGCCGGGUGCCUUGGUACAACGAGGCCUGUGCCUCCACCCUCACCACCACCUACAGCAGCGGGGCCAAGGGCGAGAAGCAGAUUGUGACCACGGACCUGCGACACGCCUGCACCGGCAGCCACACGGGCACCUCCGCCUCGGCCCCCCUGGCGGCAGGCCUGAUUGCCCUCGCCCUGGAGGCCAACCCAGCUCUCACCUGGAGGGACAUGCAGCACCUGGUGGUGAGAGCCUCCAGCCCGGCUCACCUGCAGGCGGACGACUGGGUCGUGAAUGGAGCCGGGCGCAAAGUCAGCCACUACUACGGCUACGGGCUCCUGGACGGCGGGGCCUUGGUGGAGAUGGCCAGGCGGUGGCAGAGGAUCCGGCCUCAGCGGAAGUGCUUCCUUCAGGUGGUCUCCCAGCCAAUGGCCAUCGGCUCCCGGCUGUCCGUCUCUGAGAACGUCUCGUCCUCCCCCUGCCUCCAGAGGGGAAACAGAGGCAUCCGGUCUCUGGAGCACGUCCAGGUGCAACUGUGGCUCACUUACAGCCGGAGGGGGGAUCUGGCCAUCUCGCUGACCAGCCCCAGGGGAACCACCUCCACCCUGGUGGACGUCAGGCCCUACGACACCAGCAGGGACGGCUACAAGGACUGGACUUUCAUGUCGACACACUACUGGGAUGAGGACCCCCGGGGGGUCUGGACCCUCCUGCUGGAAAACAAGGGCGAUGUGUAUAACAGAGAAUGCCCCAGCCCGCUCUUCGCGGUCCGGCACCUCUGCCUCUCCUACUGCCCGCCCAGGUACUACCGCCUGUCCCGCCGGGCUCUCGACCCCAACGGGACCCAGCGCGCCAUCCAGGCCUGCUCGGCCUGCGACCCCUCCUGCUACACCUGCCUGGCGGGGUCGGCCCGCAACUGCAGCGCCUGCCCGUCCCACAGCACCUACGAGGAGCGCUCCCACGCCUGCCUGCCCUCCCCCUCCUUCUCCUACCUGCCCCGGGGAGGGGCUUUUGCCCUGGGAGACAGGCCGCUCUUCCUCCUGGCGCUGGCCGUGCUGCUGGCUCUGGGCCCCGUGGCCUGCUGCGUCUCCUACGCCUGGUGCCGCACGAGGCAGAAGCGAGCGCGGCCCGAUGGGGAGACUGAGGCCGUCAGCCUGGAACUGCUCUACUUCCACCGUCCCGGGGCCAAGGAAAGCUUGAACCGACUGUCCUAG